UGCUUUGCCGUAGUCACAACGGCAUUACCGACUCCAGACCGACCAAAUCAAUUACGUCAUUUCCAAUGACAUAUCCUCGGUUCGUUUGGAUUCGAAUUCGUGGUGUGAGUGACUGCAGCAUCGAAAUAAUGAUAACAGUCACACGAAAACAAUAUUUUCUAUACUUCCUCUUUGAGGGCUUGUCAGAGAAGUAUUGUCUCGAUACCAUUCCAAGUCAACAUUUGAAUAUAAAAUUUGAGGUUCUGCUCUGCAGUGCAUUUUGUAGAAGGUCUAGUUGCUAUUGGAAGGAAAAAUUACAUUUUGGGAGUUAAUAUUUUCCAUGUUUUAAAGUUGGUAUUUUUUCUUGCUUUUCUUAUUCGAAUCUCGACUACGUAAGACCAUGGGGUCGUUUUGCAUCGUUUUUGUUCACAUCAUCUGGACGACGUUCAUGAUGCUGACGCGGAUUAAGGUUACCAGUGCCCAAACCACGACUGCUUCAAUGACAACUGGAAACUAUUCGCUAUCAAAUGCCACAACCGUCCCGUCUUCCACAUCAAGAAUGACAACCGUGGCAACGACAUUAUCGGUGAUGCCUACAACUACGGUGUCAUCAUUUACAUAUCCGCUUUACCAUGUCUACACCCCAAGUACGUCGUCUUUCUCGACUCACACGAGUACUUCGACUAUUUACACCACAGUCAUGACAAUGACAUCGCCAGUGGCUCCGCCGACUACCAUCGUAUCAUCCUCCAUGGCGUACACCCCAAGUACGUCGUAUUCCUCGACUCACACGAGUACUUCGACUAUGUCCACCACAGUCAUGACAAUGACAUCGCCAGUGGCUACGCCGACUACCAUCGUAUCAUCCUCCAUGGCGUACACACCAAGUACGCCGUCUUCCCCGACUGACACGGGUACUACGACACUGUCAACCAUCGACAUGACAACAUCGGCAUUUACUACGCCGACGACCAUUCUAUCAACCUCCAUGACUAGUACGACGACCACCGCAUCGAUAGCGUCGACGUCUACUGGGACUUCGCAGACAACCCAUACGGCAACCAUGUCCACGAUCAUGACGACGAGCAGCUCUUCUGAAACCCUUCAAAGUUCCCCCACAGUAGCUGCCAUGACUACUAUCACCACGAUAACACCACGAUCCAGUGAGCAAUCAACAACGGCAACUGCAUACCCUAGUCUACCUUGCCCCCAGACCACAGGAUUGAAAGUUGGACUUGCUCUAGUGACAAUUAUUCUCGGUGUGUAUGGGAUAGUCGUCACCCUCCUAUACAUGCGACUCAGGAAUGAAUUUUUAGAGUACAGGAAAGAGCACACAUCAAAACGAAUUGGACUUAAAGAGGUCAACUCAAAAGAAAAUGAAAGAUAUGGAACUGACCAUCGAAUCAAAGGAAAGAUAGAAACCUAUGAGAAUCAAAAGAUUGUGAACCAACAGCAGCACUUUACUCCUAAGAAGCAAAGGCGCGUUAUUGAUGACAAUGACGAAUAUGCAUAUGCGGUUGAACUCUAUCAAUAGUUGGCGUCUUAUUACAAGUCAUCAUCAUGAUCGUCGGCGAGUUAGCUCAGCGACGUAAGGGAGUUUCGGCGACGGGAGCGUAUCAAGGACGAUUCUUUUUAAUGGUUUAUUUUCGUCCAAUUACCAACUCGUCUGCUAUUAUUUGGUAUACCAUCAGUUCGUCCACUAUUCACAUGGUCUAAUUGUCAUUUCGUCCACUCACCGUUUCGUCUAAUUACUAUUUGUUUCAAUAGCCAUUUAGUCCAUUUACCAUUUUGGUGUAUUUGAACUAAGUGUUAAUUGGGCGAAAUGAAUUAAAAAAAUGGAUGUUAGACCAACUGGUUAUGAGACAAAAUGAUUACAGACGAACUGGAGAUUACACAAAAUGAUGAUUGGACCAAAUGGUUGUUAGACGAAAUGUUGGACACAAUGGCAUCAGACUAAAUGAAGGUAGACCAUGUGGUGAGUGGACGAGUUGGCAGCAGACGAAUUUGACAUUUUCCAUUUUAGUUAUAAUAGCGGUGGGCUAUAAAGGGUGAACAAAUAUCAAUGUUUCAAAUCAAAGAGAGAACCAGCUCCAUUGAUGCAACUUACGCACCGAAGCAUUAAUAUUUAUUUUGCCCCCCCCCCCCCACCUUCUUUCGUUUAU